GAACGUUCCAUCCCUGGAUUGGCGUGCGCAGGUAAAGGUAGACGAUUGUACGAUAGCCUGGUUCCGUGCAUCUGCAAUCUGAAUUUUUAAAGACGGAGUCCCUAAACUUGACGCUUCUAGUCUAACGGAAUCUUUUGCUGUGCGUGUAUGUCACAAACUAAUUGAUAUCGAUUCAUAUUUAAAUUUGGAUAUUGGGAUAUUCGUGCGCUUUAUCUAAAACGUAGAUACGCGUUUCGUAGAUCAGUACGUACUGGAAUUUCAUUUGGCAUAUAUUUGAAACUUCUGGGAUCGGAGUGGUCCUGGGCAGUGGAUAGUAUUCCUUUUCGCCUCUCACGUUCUCUCAACAGUUGUAUGUGAUUUUGUCUGUAACAUAACUCACCGCAUGUUUCAGGAAUUCGUUCACAGUGUAAAAGGCUAACUCUAAAAUGUUAGACAGGUGAAUACGUCAUUAUUUAUAGCUCAAUUUUAAACUGUGGCAGGUCAGCAGGUUAGCUUCUGUCAAGAUAUGGAUAUGUGAGCUUCCAUGUGGAUUUCACCGCUGGGAUUUUAACUCAACCUUGAAUUAAUGUUUGCACACUGUCACGUGGAGUUCCAGUGGGGAUUGCUUUACUGUUCAAGAAUUGCGACGAGUAAAGGAGAGAUUCAGUGGAGGCGAGUAAAACCCUUCACUUGAGAGUUUCGGCGGAUAAAGAAGAGUUUUAGAAGGAGACGAAUACGCGUCACUUUAAGAGCUUCGGCGAGUUAAGAAGAGUUUCAGUUGAGGCGAGACUGGGUCACUUCACGAAUUUUGGCGAGUUCGAAUGAAGAGGAAUAACAAUGCGAUUUGUUGUCUUUUGACUUUUUACCAAAUUAUUCUUCGGUGCUGAUCAUUGGAAAGAAGAAUCAGAUAGCCUUAGGUCGAGCCAACGUGCAGACUCGUCAUUGAGUCUUAAUUGCGAAACCAUUAGCCCCCCUACGUUGAAUCCUCCACGUUCAUCCUUUUUUUUCGCUUGUCAUUAACGUCACAGUAGCUAAGGAUAAUCUUGUUCGGUAAUUAGACCCGAGGAGGUAAUGACGCCUAAUUGAUAUGAGACAAGACACGGAUAAUCAGUAGCAUGCGAUCCGAUGCUCACGUUAAGUCUAAGUCGCUCUAAAGGAUUUUGAUUGGAAUACAACUUCUCACACGCUAUCAAGAAUACAAAGCCACGUGACCGUAGUUGCAGCGCCAUCUGUUGUGCGUGUGUCUCGCUUCUCGUGUUUCGCCCGCACGGAACAUCAUCCCCAUGCUGAAUGUACGGCGGCGCAGCUGGUCGAAGAUGGAUGAACAUCCGCCCCGUCAGCGGGACCAUGUUCCAGAGGAGGGAUAUACCACCAGUACUACUCCUUCUUUUACUCAUAAUCCUAGUCAUGUUGACCUUAUCGCAGAUUCUAGUUGUCCACAACGGACGGUACGGUAGGAAUAUCCAUUCACUCCGUAAAAUCCAAAUGGAGUUGCGAGAACUCGAUGUUGGUAUUCAAAGACUGUUGUUACAGAAUGUCCCCUCUGUUGAGCUGAACCGGAAAUUGUUACAGAAUGAGAUCAAUAAGAGACGAGUGCGGGAUUUGUUGGAUCAGGCGACCCGGGGUACAAUUUUUACGCCCGUGAAACGCGUGAGGGCGAAGGGUUUGAUUCACAGGACCAGAAAAGACCGAACUAUGCAAGCACACAAUUAUCAUUCCGCGUACAGAACUCGAACGAGAUUUGGAAUACAGCGUGAUGGGCAGGAGCAACUGCGCAUGCGUCAACCGGGUAACCGGCUGACCAAAGCGCUAGUUGACUUGGGUAAUCUAACCGAAUCUAAGGAAUAUAACGUUAAAUCACUUGCUGUUGCUGAAGGUUCGAAAUCUGUCAGGAAACUCCGGUAUUGCCCAGCUAUUCCUCCAGGACUAACUGGCAAAGUCUUCUCGAACCUCCGACAUUCACAUAACAAUUCCAUGGCGGAAGUGGUGCUAAAGAAUCCCUCCUUGGGUCCAGGUGGAUCAUUCCGACCCCGUAACUGCUUAGCUCGCCACAAGGUGGCGGUGAUAGUACCGUACAGGGAUAGGAUGGAGCAUCUGACCAUUCUUCUGUCUCAUCUCCAUCCAAUAUUACAGCGGCAGCAGCUCAAUUACAGGAUCUUUGUGGUAGAACAGUAUGGACAUGACACCUUUAACAAAGCCCGCAUCAUGAACAUAGGAUUCCUGGAAGCCAUGAAACUGGCGCCCUAUCAAUGUUUCGUCUUCCACGAUGUCGACCUCGUCCCCGAGGAUGACCGUAACAUGUACACCUGCCCAGCACAACCUCGACACUUGUCUGUAGCCAUUGACGAAAUGGGAUAUAAGUUGGCCUAUCCAGAGCUGGUCGGCGGCGUACUCAACAUGCGAACAGAGCACUUCGAAAGAGCGAAUGGCUAUUCCAACCUUUACUGGGGAUGGGGAGCUGAGGAUGACGAUAUGGCUUACAGGAUCCUCCACAUUGGUUUAAAGAUAACACGUCCCCCGGAUUAUGUGGCUAGAUACAAAAUGAUCAAACAUACCAAGCGAAAGCCAUCCGACUGGAGAAAAAGGGCGAAACUACUGUACCUGAGCACCCGCCGUUUUCAAGUCGACGGACUGAACAGUCUUCAUUAUAAACUCAUUCAUGUAAAGGAGGAGCCACUGUAUACGCACAUAUUAGCCGACAUAGGAAAAGCACCAAAGGGAUUCAGUACGUGAGAUCGACCAAAUACGGAAAAUGCGAUUUUUGUACACAAUUUGUAAUGUAUAUACAAUGUACAUGUAAAUGCACUUCUCCCACGUGGUUUUUGGGUUGAAAAAUUGUAAUCCUACAUGUAGUGGUAUAAUAAAUGUAGGCCCUAAUAGGGAGGUUGAGGUCGGGCCCGACUACGAGAAGCUGAUUCUCCUAUUUUACAUGACACAUAAUCAGUUGGUUUAGGUAUGUAUGCUUAGAAAUUAGAAUUUAGAAUAAAUGUAUGUAGAAUAAUAUAAGCGUAUACCUACCCAGUACAUGUGCACAGUACUCAUCCACCAUAAGAAUAAAACAAUAAUUCUUACAAAAUGAUGCAAAGGGAGAUUGGUGAUUAUUCCUACGCGAGAGGCCAACGAUUAUAAAGAUAUCGCUAUUUGUAGAGAACAAUUCUAAUUCUAAUUCUAAUUUAAAGGGAAAGAAGUAUCAGAAAAAAUAUUUGAAUUCUAAAACCUGCGACAAUUCUGAAUGAGUAUCUGUCUACAUGUGCCAUUGUCUACAGGUGAACCGAAUCGACCACUCACACUGACGUAUUACAAACUAAGGGGGCGAAAAAUAUGCGCAAAAACUAACAAUGCAUCAAAUUUCACCAGGGCUAGUGCCGCCGUGCAGGCGUGUCUGUAUCGAUCAUGUUACCGGAUUACCGAGAGGAAGCCAGAUACAAAUGUGGCACACUUCCAUUUUAGUAUAUUGCUUGUGCCACUUGUGCUUUUUGGACGUUUAUAACUACAUGUAUUCAUAAGUGGCCAAAUUCUUUUAACAUUAUAAUGAA